AUGGCCCGGGUCCCCGGGUCCGACACCUCCAACGACCUGACCCUGGUGCCCACUCCCAUCCGCCACUCCAAGCCACCCUCACCGCCACCCGGGCAACAUGGUACGGCCCCUGCCCGGGCUCCGUCGGCUUCUUCGUCCGCCGUCGAUCCAGCCCUGACCGAGGUCCCCGAACUCAUCGGCGCCAUUCGCCAAGCCUCGCCGCUCCGUGCUGCCAUCCUCUCCUUCUCUUCCAUCUGGUUCCUUAUCCCCCAAGGCACCGGCAUCACCUCCACUGUCCUCUUCCGCCUCGACUACCAGUUCCGCGGCCUCGACAUCAUCUCCUACAUCGUGUGGGGCUUCACCGCCGUCUCCCUCUUGCUCAUGCUCGUUCUCUACGCUACCCGCACGGCCCUCGACCCCCGCCACGUCGUCGCCUCCCUGGGCCAUAACGCCGGCGAGGUCGCCUGCUUCUCCUCCGUCUCCAUCGCCUUCACCUCGUGCGUCCAGAUGGUCGCCCUCGCCCUCGGCCACAUCCCCGGCUGGGCCACGGCCGCCUGCAUCCUGUGGUGGGUCAACAUGGGCCUCGCCCUCGUCGCCUGCACCAUCAUCCCCUACUACUACCUGCACGUCCAGCCGCCCGGCGCCCAGCAGAUCCUGCCCGUCACCCAGCUGCCCCUCGUCGCCGCCAUCACCCUCGCCGCGGGCGGCGGCGUCGUCGUGGCCGGCGGCUUCGCCACGGGCACCGAGGCCCCCGCCCCGCUGCGCCUGCCCAUCGCCAUGGUCUCCUACCUCUUCCUCGGCCUCGGCAUGCCCCUCGCCCUGGCCAUGAGCACGGUGUACCUCGUGCGCCUCUUCGACGGCGUGCCGCCCCCGGGCGGCAAGGUGUACCAGGACAUGAUCCUCGCGGGGCCCUGGGGCCAGGGCAGCUUCGCGCUGCAGGCGCUGGGCGGCGUGCUGGCGAGCCAGGCCGAGGCGUUCGCGGCGUACUCGCCCGGGGGCGUCUUCUUCUCGCGGCACGCGGUCGAGGUCGUCGGCUACGCCAGCAUGUUCCUCGGCUUCCUCAGCUGGGGCCAGGGCACCUUCUGGUGGUUCUACGCGUCGACGAGCGUGGGCCACAGCCACGUCAGCCCGCGCAAGAGGACGCACGAUCACCACAUCAGCUACUCGCUCGCCGAGUGGUCGCUGGUGUUUCCUUGGGUAAGCCUCUUUUAUGUUCUUCUUAUUCUCUUCUCUGCUUCGCACUGA